GCAUCAUUAAUUUAAGCUAGAGAGAAAUGGCAGAAGAAGAAGAAGAGAAACAUACAAGGUUUGUGGGAGUCAUGAUAGAAAAAGAAGAAGAAAAAGGGUGGAGAAAAGGACCUUGGACUGCAGAGGAAGACAAGCUUCUCAUUGAAUAUAUCAAUCUAAAUGGUGAAGGAAGAUGGAACUCUGUGUCUAAGCUUGCAGGGUUGAAAAGGAAUGGAAAAAGUUGCAGGUUGAGAUGGGUGAAUUACUUGAGGCCAGAUCUUAAAAGAGGCCAAAUCACCCCACAAGAGGAAAACAUCAUCUUGGAGCUUCAUGCUAGGUGGGGAAACAGGUGGUCCACGAUAGCUAGAAGUUUGCCUGGUAGAACUGAUAACGAGAUUAAGAACUAUUGGAGGACACAUUUCAAGAAGAAGCCCAAAGAAUCUACAAAUAAUUACGACGAAUUACAUUUUCAACAACAUCAACAAUAUGUCAACCAAAUGAACAUGAAGAGGAUGAUGUUUUUACUCGACCAGAAUUAUAACACGGAGACUGAGACAUAUGUGUCCCAAAACCAAGACACAACCACAAGUUACCAGAAUAUUACUUGCCAAGAAAAUGGCUUGCCAAUAAUAACAACACUAACUGAUCAGACAAACUUUGAGGAAAGCAUCUUCUGGGAGUUGAACGAUGUUUUUAGUCCAAUAAAGCUGGUUUAGCGAUUGUGUGAUGUAGGGCGAUUUUGUUAUUUGAUCGGAUUUCAGUUGUUUUGAUCAUCUUACUUUUUUGCUCUAAAAUAUUAUUAACUAGAACAUAAAGAUUCACAUUUCCCACACCAGUGUGAUUGUUUGAAAGCCUUUGAGAAUUGUAAACUAUAUCAGAAUAUAUAUGGGAAAUCGAUUAUGUGAUGUAGCAAUUUUGUUGUGUUGU